GACGUGGACCGGGUUGUGGGCUUGGGCAGCUCCAGCGGCAGCGCCGGCCGGGGGAUGCUCUCCAAGGAGGACAAGGAAGCGGCCAAAAUGGGGCUCUCCGUCUUCACGCACCAGAAAGUCUCCAGCAGCCCUGAGACGUCUGGCUCCAAGAAGAAGCAGGAAAAGGAGGAGAAGGUGGAGGAGAAACGACCGGAGGGCGGUAAGAAAUCCAAAAAGGAGAAAAAGAAAAAAAAAAAGAGGAAACACAAGAAGGAAAAGAAAAAGGACAAACAUCACAGGAAGGAUGCUGCUCCGUCGUCCUCUGAUUCUUCUCCAGAUCGGGAUGAGAGGCACCACCGAAGGAAAACCCAGCAGCGCUCCGAGACGUCGCGGCACGGCGGCCAGCGGCGUCACGACACCGAUUCCUCUGCCAGCA